CCGUGUCCGCUGUAACUACACACACACUCCCGUAACUCUGUCGCGUAUGUUUUGGUUCAAACUAUGAUGGUGAAAAGUCGCAGACGUUUGCGCUUCAUGAGAGGAAAGUGACAGAGUCCACCUGUCCUCCAGUGUCCUCCUCCUGCUGUGUCCUUGUGUGUUAACUCACCAGUCAAAGUUAGGGACAAAGAGACAAGAGAGAAACAACGAUGGACGGACAGAGAGACAGCAGCAGUGAGCGGAGACUUCAGUCUGCUGCCGUCUUCAAGGCUUUUCUGUCGAAAAACAGCACGAAGAGCAACACGAACCUCUAUGACCACCUCACCCGGUUGCUGCUGAAGGUGAUAGAUGAGCAGCCACACAAUGCGGUGGAUGUUAUUGAGGAUUUGAGCUAUGCUGUCAAACAGGACUUGUUUGAGGACAGACAGAGUAACCUGCGAGACCUUCCACAGACAACAGCGGCUGAGCUGCUGGCUGAGAAACAACGACUCCUGUUCACUCAGCAAGAAGACGCCGAGCAGGAGGAUGAGCUGGCAGAAACACCUCUCCCUAAUGUAAGUGAGAUUGGCUUCUACCUGGAACAAGCUGGAGUGGGUAUGGGUAGAGAGGAGUUGCAGAGGGUCUUUCUCGCCCUGAAGCAGCUUGUCGAGUCACAGCCUGUGAUCCAACGCUGCCGACUGUGGGGCAAGAUUCUGGGAACACAGAGCAACUACAUUGUUGCUGAAGCUGAGUGCAAGGAGUGGGAGGAUGAAGAGGAGGAGAAAAUCGGUGAUGAAGCAGCUGAGGAAGAAGAGAGAGAGGCCGAGACUCGGGAGGGGGACGAGAAUGAGAUAGAUCCACUUCCUCAGUCGACCUAUAAACCCCCACCACUGGUGCCAAAGGAGGCAAUGGGAACAGGUGCUAACAAGUUUGUUUACUAUGUGUGUAAAGAGCCUGGUCUUCCAUGGGUGAAGCUUCCAUCAGUCAGUCCUGCACAGAUCACUGUUGCACGUCAGAUCCGCAAAUUCUUCUCAGGGAGGUUGGACUCUCCAGUAAACAGCUACCCCCCUUUUCCUGGGAAUGAAGGCAACUACCUGAGAGCACAGAUUGCUCGCAUCUCUGCUGGUACACAGGUCAGCCCCCAAGGCUUCUUCCAGACUGGGGAAGAGGAAGGAGAUGAGGAAGACGAGGCACCGAGAGACAGUUAUGAUGUAAAUCCUGAUUUUGAGGGCAUUUCAGUUGCUGAGAUGGUUGAGUCUUUGUCCACCUGGGUCCAUCAUAUUCAGCAUAUCCUGCAGCAGGGUCGUUGUACUUGGGUAAACCUGGCUGUGAAACGAGAAGAAGACCAGAAUGAGGAUGGAGAGGCUGAGGAGACAGAGGAGGAGCCUGAUGAGCCUGAGCAAGAAGUUGGGCCUCCCCUGCUCACUCCCCUUUCCCAAGAUGCAGAAAUAUUCAACACCCCUCCAUGGACCACCAAGAUGUCCUCCACUCUCACCUCCCAGCAUGCAGCAGCCGUGCUGCGCUCUAACCUCUGGCCAGGAGCUUAUGCAUAUGCUUGUGGAAAGAAGUUUGAGAACAUUUACGUUGGAUGGGGCCUGAAGGAUGUAGGGGAAGGGUACAGCCCACCUUUACCCCCGUUGCCACAGAAAGAAUAUCCCAGUGGACCAGAAAUCACAGAGGCACAGGAUCCAUCGGUGGAGGAGGAGCAGGUUCUGGAAGAAGCUUUGGACGAGCAGGAAGCAGAGCAGGAGGAGCUGGACGACACAGAUGAAGGGGAACUGUUAGAUGACGACUGAGAAAACAAGAAGAAGCUUCGAGACGUCUUCAGUCAAACUCAUCCAGUUACAAAGUGCUUUCCAUAGAAUAAAAAAAAUAACAGUGAUGAUGAUUAACCCUUUCUGUCCCAUACAUAGAUACAUUUCUAUAUUGCCUAUUUUUAAAUUAUACUUUUUGUCUCAGCUAAAAAAUGUAUAGAAAAGUGAUUAAAACUUUUUAAUUAUCUUCCCAAUUUUUUAUGACAUGUUUAUUGUGAUUAUUGUUAUUUAAUUUUUGGUUCCUUGAUUAAAAAAAGAACAUGAUUAUACUAUUGGACCCCUUCAAUAAAGUUAUUAUUGUACUCCCGUGAAAUGUCA